AUGCCUGCUCAACCUGGUGUUACUGUAGAUAUAAAGGAGGAUGUUCCUCAUGGACAAGGAUCUACUAAGAUAUAUGGUCCUCCUGACCAAGAAGUUAAGCUGACAAAGAAAGAGAAUCCUCGAGGUUCUGGCUUCUGGAAGUUUACACAUACCAAAAAGGGUAGAAAACAUUUUUCUAUCAGGGAAAUACAAUAUAAUAAGCAGAAUACUGAUGGUAUAGAUAUUUAUCCUGGUACUAAAUUUAAAAGUUUGGCCGUUUGGUACUGGAUCUAUGACCAAUCAAUGAAUAACCCCUUAUUAAUAGAAAUAUGGGAUGAGAACAAUGAAUAUAAGUAUCGCGUAAGUAAUGGUAAUUGGAAAUGUUGGCAACAUCUUGAUGGAUAUUCAGACCCUCAAAAUAGUCCGCUCAUCGGUAAGGAUAUUGAAAAGGAACUCGACAAACUUAACUGUUCAUUUAACGAUGCAGUUACCAUAGAUAUUAGUAUGAAUGUAUCUGAAAAUAACCAGUCAUACUGCUGUGGAAAACAUGAUCAUAGUAAGAUUUCUGUUGAGAAGAGUGUUGUAUCUGUUAAUAGAUUAAAAUCUAUCGACUACUAUGUUCACACCGUUAAUACCGGAGUUCAUGUAGCCAAAAUUAAGUACGACGAGAAUUGUAUAGAUAGCCAAGUAAGGAUGAUAAAAUCUCAUGCGUUAACAUUGUCAAUCUCUGUUCCAAUCAGUGUCUCUGUAUUUUACUCUUGUACUGAUCCAAAACUGAUAUAUCUUGAUACCUCUAAAACUAGCACAGAAAUCCAGGUCACAGGCUGGCAUCAAAGGGAGGGUAAGAAUAGACAUAGAUGGACAGAAGUUUCUGAUGGCCCAAAAGAAGCACCUGAUAGUAUCAGAGAGAGUAAUAAUGAAGAUGAAUUUAACAAACUUAAAGACGUACUAGAAAGUGCCGUUGUCGAUUCUGCUGAUAUGGAAGAGCCUGAUGUACCAGAACUUGAAGACCUUGAGGAAGAAGAUGAAGAGGAGGAAGAGAUAAAGAGGGGUGAAAAACAGGUUCCUGACGCUGGUAGAGGAGAAUACAGUAAUGAAGAUGAUGGAGCUGGAGAAGACCAUAUUAAAAAACUGCUCAAUGGUUUACUAGAUUUUGGACUAAAUGUAGCCACUAAACUUGGACCUGUUGCGGUCGGUGUAGCUGAAGUAGCUAAAGAGGCUGCUCCCGGAGUUUUUCGUGUUCUAUCUCUCGGUAAUCCUAGUUCUGCUACAUAUUCACCUAAAGGAUCUCAACCUCAAAUAAAACUUGCUCUUCCUGAAGAAUAUACUGGAUCUCCUGCUCCUAAUCCUGAACCUGCUCCUCUUAAACUUUCUUCUGAAGAAUCUCUUCCUACUUCCAAAGAAUCUACAUCUGCUCUUACUGUUGUUGCUCCUGCUGGCAUUUCUAUAGGAUAUAUAAUCUCUUCUGUUUGUGGUGGAAGUGCUGCAGUUGGUAUAGCUGGAUGGAAACUUUAUAAUCGCUAUAAAGGAGACCCUUGGGUACGACAAAUCUAA